CAAAAAAUGAAAACAAACAAGCUUGUAUUUUCAUUUUUACUAAUUAUUCGCUAAACUAAAAAUAAUAAAAUAUAAAUUAGAUAUAAAUACCAAACCUAGAAAUAGAAAACAUUUUAGCAAAUUGUAGGCAAUGGCUGAUAAUCCAAGUAGUGAUGGGUUGUCCGAAGCUGAAAGGUUAAGAGAGGAAGAGUUGGCUCAUGAGCUAGAUCAUAGUGACUCUAAUGAAGAAGACUCUCAAGAUAUUUCGUUGGAAAUAGAAGAUAAAUUGCUUAGAGAUGAACCAGAAUACACAACACUUACAAACUAUAGUGAAAGCAUACACAGCACAGAUAAUAAAAACAUAAUGGGAGAUGAGUUUACUGAAAACUUACAAAAUAUUACAACUGAAGAAGGGCUCGGAAAUGUCUAUACUGAAACCACUGAUAACUAUAUUACACAAACUGAUACAUUAACAGACAAUAAUGAUCCCUAUGAGUCAUACAUUAACGAUUAUUCUUUUGAGAAUAAUCAUACUAUAGAUGAAUCUCAGACAGAGAUAAAUAGAGAGGAAUUAAAGCUAAGUGAAGGGAAUAGUGAUUUAGGAAUUCCAAGUAUAGGUGAGUAUCAACAAAAUGAUACAUCUAUGGAUUAUCAAACUACAGAAGAAAUGAUGAGUGAAAGGGAAAGAGAGAGAAAAACUAAAAAAGAAAUGGAGGAGGAAGAGAGAGAAAAAAUGCAAGUAUUAGUAUCAAACUUCACUGAAGAGCAGCUAAACCGAUAUGAGAUGUACCGACGAGCGGCGUUCCCCAAGGCAGCUGUAAAACGAUUGAUGCAGACCAUCACUGGCUGCUCGGUGGGUCAGAAUGUGGUCAUAGCCAUGUCUGGUAUUGCCAAAGUUUUCGUCGGAGAGGUGGUUGAAGAAGCCUUGGAAGUAUUGGAAAACUCAGGUGAGCCAGGGCCUUUACAGCCAAAACACCUAAGAGAAGCCUUGAGGAGGCUACGAGUGAGAGGCGCAAUACCUACCAGGAAAGCUUAUAAAGGGACAUUUAGGCUAUAGCCCUGGGUACAUUGGUAAUUGUAAAUAUUUUUGUAAUUUUCAAAUUGUUACAAUUAAGAAAAAUAUACUGAAUAAAUCUUUAUAAUGAAGCUUUUUGCCUCAACAUAAACGACACACUGCGGCAAAAUUAACCAAAGGUAUUCAGAAUCCAAAAGUACUUGUAAAAUUUUAUUUGCAAUAUCUAAGUUCAAUGCACAUUGCAUUGAACUUAAAUAUUUUAGGAACAGUCAGGGACCUGGGAAAAUUAAAACAUAUAAAUAUUCAAAUGUUAAUUUAUUACAUGAUAAUUGUAAUAAUUAUUUAUUAUUAUUAUUUAUUAAAACAAUGCAUUAUAACAAUAAGUUAGGAUCAUAUUUUCAAACAAUUGAAAAUAAAAUCAGUCUUGUUAAAAAUGGCUACAUUUGUAGAAAAGGCGAUGUUAAUAAGAAAUUAAUGAAGUGUAUUUAAAUUAAAUUAAAAAAAACAACAACAUACUUUUACUGAUAAGUGCAAAAACGUAAAAAUAAAUAAAAUACUUCAUCGCAAAAUUCCAUUCAAAACACAAAUAAAAA